CAUCAAACACAAAUACUACCACAACAAUGAAGACAACAAUGCUAUUGCUUUCUUUCCUUCUUUUUGCUCUCUCAACAAAUCCAUUGCUUGCUGCUGCACAAGACGCCGUGCUUGACAGCUCCGGUGAGCGGGUCCAGACAGGCGUCGACUAUUACGUGUUGCCGGCUGUCAGUGGCAGUGGAGGUGGACUCACCCUAGGCCCCAAUAGGAAUGGCAGCAACUGCCCACUUGAUGUUGUCCAAGAACAAAGCUACGGAAGCAAUGGUCUCCCUUUGACAUUUACAUCGGUGAACCCGAAUGAGGAGGUGGUUAAUCUGAUAACUGAUCAGAACAUCAAGUUCUCAGCUGCCACAACCUGUGUCCAAUCAACCGUGUGGAAGCUCGCUGAUUUUGAUGAGUCCGUGAGACGAAGUUUCGUGACAACCGGGGGUGUUGAAGGAAACCCGGGUCGUGAAACAUUGAGCAACUGGUUCAGGAUUGAGAAGUAUGAUGAUGACUACAAGCUUGUGUUUUGUCCAGGGGUGUGUGGUGUCGAUGAUUUUUGCAGUGUUCUUUGCGGAGACAUUGGCAUUUUUGUUGACAAUGGAAUAAGACGCUUGGCUUUGAGUGAACAACCACUCAAAGUGGUGUUUAAGAGGGCCUAAACCUUGUCUGCUCAAAACAGUUGUUACUGCUAAAAUAAAGCUAUAUCUUUGUAUUUAAACUAUGUAAUAAGUAACAUUUAAUAUUUUUACACCCAAUGUAACGUAUAUUAUUGUAUUUGAAUUUGUAAUGUUAAUAAAGCAGUAUUUAGAUUUUAUUUA